AUGGCAAUCCCACCGCAGAGCCUAGGGCAUCCCACGCUCACCCAGUUCCUUCAGGAUAAUGAUUGGAAAAACUUCAAUCAUGGUUCAUAUGGCACAUACCCCGCAGUGAUUCGAGCCGAGCUCCGCAAGUUUCAAGAUCAAGUAGAAGCUAGACCGGACUGGUUUAUUCGUUAUCAAUAUCCCAAGCUGCUGGAUAUAUCUCGAAACGCAAUGGCCACCUAUCUGAACGUUCCAACAAGCGAAGUCGUAUUCGUGAAAAGUGCAACUGUUGCCGUUAACACGGUGCUUCGGAAUCUUGUCUUCGGUCCAAAUGACAUGAUCAUCCAUUUCUCUACUAUCUUCGAUGGUUGUGGUAAAACAGUACAGUCCGUUACGGAGACCACCCCACUGAAGGCUAGGAACAUAGAGUGCUCGUCUUCAAUGAGUCAUGAUGACAUUGUCGCAAAGUUUGUGCAGACAAUCCAGCAGGCUACUGAGGAGGGUUUCAAUGUCCGAAUUGCCCUUUUCGACACCAUUUCCAGUAUGCCUGGCGUAAGAAUGCCUUUCGAGAGAUUGACUGAAGUUUGUCGCGAGCAUAAAAUUCUCAGCUGCAUCGAUGCUGCGCAUGGAGUUGGCCAGAUCUCUUUCGAUCUUGGCAAAUUGAACCCGGAUUUCUUCACCAGCAUUACCCACAAGUGGCUGUACAAUCCUAGGGGUUGUUCCGUUUUCUAUGUCGCCCGCCGCAACCAACACCUGAUUCGCACCACAAUCCCGACGUCGCACGUCUUGAUUUCUAAGGAGCAAAAAGACGAAUCAUCAUCAAUGUCAGCUCAACCUGGGAGCAAAUCAACUUUUGAAAUCAUGUUUCAAAGUACUGCAAUCACCGAUGACACACCUCAUUUGACUAUCCCAGCUGCUCUGGAAUUCCGGGCCCAUCUUCCUGGAGGUGAGGAGGGUAUUUUGAAGUACAUCCGCAAGAUGGCUUUCGAAGGAGGAAAUAUUGUCGCCCAAAUCCUUGGGACGGAUGUUCUGGGUGAGCCGGGUACGGAUAAAACAAGUCCUUGCAGAAUGCGGGACUGCGCAUUCGCCAAUGUGCGUCUCCCAUUCUUGAUCGAGGAUUCUGAAGCAGGUGCGACAGAGGCAGUGCAAUGGCCUGUUCUGAGUAUUUCGCAAGCUAAGAAACUUGCACCUCGUUUGCAAGAACAUAUCAUCACCGAUCAUUCUGUGGCGGUCGCUCUCUUUGUGUAUGACUCGGCUUUGUGGAUCCGGCUUAGCGGGCAGAUAUACUUAGAGCUGGAUGACUUCAGGUGGCUCGGUGAACUGUUGAAAAGGCUUUGUGCUAACGAUGGGGCGAUUUUGGGGGAGUCUAGUGCAGACUAG